AUGCUUCUUAACGAGCGACCGCCGUCCUACGCAAGCGAUGCCAACAACACAACGUUUCCUCCCCCGGCAUACACCCCUAAGACCAACAACGCAAACGAAAAUUCAAACACGGAAUUGAAUGAAACCUCAAGCUAUGAUCGACUCAAUUUUGAUGCUCUUAAUUCAUUUAUGAACUCCGGAGGUCAUCGCGCUAGCAACAACGACAAUCCCCGUAACAGCAACCACAACACCAAUAAUUUUAGCAGCAACAACAGCAACUACAACAAUAUUCAGACAGCUCCUCGACGCUCUGAGACUUGGUUGGAGCGCAUGUUCCAAGUAGACACUCGACGAUAUCACACAUUUACCAAGAUAGACACUCAGAUGGGCAACUGGGGCGUCGUCUGCAUCGCAAUCCAGUGCGUUGCAGCAACGAUUCUGCUUUGCGUCUCUGGUGUUGCAAUCAAAUUGUUUCAGAAUCCCUGGAAUCAAUCAUCAGUCGUCGGCGGUGCCACUCUCUCCUAUGCUCUAAGUGGGUCGAUAUUGAGCUGUGUCGCGGGAUCGCUCGCUUUAUGUCUUGCUUUCCUGGCCUACCUCAAUCCCAUCUGGGGCAUAAUAUUCCACGCUAUCAUCACCUUGAUGUAUGCAGGUAGCGGUGCAUUGCUUGGAUACGGCUCUUACAUCACUCGCAACAACAAUGUGUGCAAUAAUCAAUACACUGGAGUCGAGCUACAGGACUGCUACAAUAUCCGUCUAUCAGCUGGCUGGCGAUGCGGGAUUGUUGUGAUUGCCAUGUGUGCAAUCAACGUAAUCACGCCGCUGAUAUACUCGCUAAAAUGGACCAUUACAUGGCUGAAUGUUCGAAACAGACAAUCGCUCAAUGUCAAUCAAAUCGUUUAA